AUGGUACCACUACAGCACCUGGACUUCACCACAGUUCUACCCAGAUUUUUGGCUCUGUACAUCUUCUCAUUCCUCGAACCCAAAAGCUUGAGUCGCUGUGCCCAAGUCUGUUGGCACUGGAAGUUUCUGUCUGAACAGAACGCCCUGUAUGGUAUGCGAGGUGACGGGGUAGACCUGAUGGCCAAGCAGCCGUCACAGAAGGAUCUCACCCCUGCAGAGAGCUACAUGAUGGUGACAUCACGGCCACCCUGGAUUGCUCCUGCCUCUCACCCCAAGGACCUUCACAAGAAUAUGUAUGCCUUCCUGCAUGACUUCAACCCCAAUGACCCCAGCAUGCCCAAGUCAGCGCUGCUGUUCCACAACCGUUGGGGCAUCUUGAAGAAGAAGAGCAAUGUGACGACCAGUCUGAGCACCGAGCUCGGUCUUAAUACGCAGAGAAGACGCGAGAGGCAUAGGGCUCUAACGUCUGGUGAAGAUUAUGACCUUCAAACCGGUCGUUCAAUGACCUUGACCGAGAGCAUGAAGGAUGACCUUGUGAACCCACGUGAACGCAGGGUCAAUGAACUGGUGAACACUCAGUGGUACCCACAGUAUCGUACCGGUCCCCGAAGGACUGAUAUGUCUGGAGGCAAGGCGACCUACAGGGAUACAAUGAGAAGCACUAGAAGGUCAAUCCCUCGCUGGAACAGAGCGCCCACAGAAUCCACGGGUCAUCUUCAUAUCAUCACGUGUCCCGGCAGCUGA